UGGAAGACGGUAGUGUGGUCGUGUCUCGGGUAAAUAUUCCAGUAGUGGACGGAGCAGUGAUGUCUUCGGUUCAGUAUUUGAGAGAGUUUAUCAGCGAGCGACUAACAGCUGCUGCUGAAGAGAUAUUCACAGUCUUUCAAAAAACCAUCGUCCAGUACGAAGAAGAGGUGGAUCGUCAGCGCAGACUGCUGGAGAGCGUUUUGAAACCUGAAAUAAAGCUGCACAGAUUCGAGCUCCCACAGCAGCAUGUCUGUAAGGAGGAGGAGGUUCUCACUGACCAGCAGCUCUGUCCCCAGGAGAGGAACUCCAGUCUGGAUCAAGAGGAACAAGAACCUCCACAGAUUAAUGAGGAACAGGAGGAAAUGUGCACCAGUCAGGAGGGAGAGCAGCUCGUACUGAAGCAGGAGACUGAAACCUGCAUGUUGACUCCUCAUGGUGAGGAAAGUGACCACAGAGAACCAGACGGUGAGCACCAGCUCCUCUCUCACAACUCUCCUGUAGCUGAGAGCCAAGAUCAGAACAGAAGAAAACAUGUGGAUUCAGGAUCAACAGGAAAUGAAGAUCUGAACCCACAGAACAGUUUUCAUGAAAACAGUAGUCACAGUAGCAAUGUGGACAACUCUACCAAAUCAGAGAUUAACUCUAUUACUCACACAGGUAAAAAGUCUCUCAAAUGUGACACUUGCGGAAAAACUUGUGUGUCUAAGUCUAAAUUGAAGAUUCAUCUGAGAACUCACACAGGUGAGAAGCCAUUUCAGUGCAAAAUAUGUCAGAAACAUUUUGUGAAAAGUGAUCAUUUGAAAGUCCACAUGAGAAUUCACACUGGUGAGAAGCCAUAUUCUUGCCAAACAUGUGGGGAAAGGUUUGGACGUAGUGAUGAACUGAGAGUCCACAUGAGAAUGCACACAGGUGAGAAGCCACAUUGUUGCCAAACAUGUGGUAAAUGUUUUGUAAGGAGUUGUGAUUUGAAAGUCCAUAUGAGAACUCACACUGGUGAGAAGCCAUAUUCUUGCCAAACAUGUGGGGAAAGGUUUGGACGUAGUGAAGAACUGAGAGUCCACAUGAUAAUGCACACAGGUGAGAAGCCACAUUGUUGCCAAACAUGUGGUAAAUGUUUUGUAAGGAGUUGUGAUUUGAAAGUCCAUGUGAGGUGUCACACUGGCGAGAAGCCAUAUUCGUGCAAAAUAUGUCAGAAAGGUUUUGUAAGGAGUUGUGAUUUGAAGGUUCAUAUGAGAAUUCACACUGGUGAGAAGCCAUAUUCUUGCCAAACAUGUGGGAAAAGGUUUGGACGUAGUGAUAGUUUGAAAGUCCACAUUAGAACUCACAGUUGA